GCCUGCAUCUGUUACUCCCUCUCCCCACACCGCUUAUCACCCCACACGCGAUACACACAUACUUUAUCGCCACCCAGACCUCUGAGCUACCAUGAAAACCACCUUUGCCGCUCUCGCCAUGUGUGGAACAACCUCUGCAUUUGUAACCCCCAACGCUGUGAAGGCGCUGGCGCCCUCGACGAGAGCGUCCUCGCCGCUGUCGAUGGAAUUUGCGGGUGGGAUGCGAGGCGCAGACGGACCGGAGCCGAACUCUAAGAACUUCGACCCUCUUGGAUUAUCUGAGGCCCGACCUGAGAACCUCUUGUUCUUCCGGGAAGCAGAGAUCAAGCACGGUCGCAUCGCCAUGCUUGCCAUCGUCGGCCUGAUCGUACCGGAAUUCGUCCGCGUGCCGGGAGAGAUCUACCAGAACGUCUCGGUCCUCGACGCUCACAACGCCAUGGUGGAGAAGGGCCCCAUGUGGCAGCUGCUGUUCUGGAUCUGCUUCGCUGAGAUCAUCCUCUUCCCCACCGUCAUCGACAUGGACAAGAAGGACCGCGAGCCUGGAGACUUCGCCCUCGACCCCCUGAACCUCUGCAAGACCCCCGAGAAGACAGAGAAGUACAAGCUCGCGGAGCUCAAGAACGGCCGUUUGGCAAUGAUGGCGGUAUCGGGCGCCCUGACGCAGAUGGCGAUGUACGGCCACGGAUUCCCGUUCUUGGCGUAGACUACUUGAACUCGGCCGUUGUUGUUUCGGUCCCUCUUGCUCCGGUUUCAAGACAAAGGAACCUUAUUUAGUCAGAUGUUUGGGCAAGGACGGGCGGAUUUCGCCCGCAAUCCGCGCCGUUGCUGCUCCUUCCGUCACCUUUCGUUUCCCCGUGUUCUUCCGUCCGUUCCUUUGUUCUGACGUGGCUGCUGCCGAGACUGGCUCUUGCCGCUCAUGUUCGAUUUUUUCUUGUUCUGCAAGAGAAAUUUUGGAGCGUGAGUUGGGUGGGCUUUCGAUCAAGACGUGUAUGUAUAAAGAUAGCCUUAAGAGGAUCCGCGGUAUGUAGAGAAAACUAGAGAAAUGAGUGGCUUUUAACAGCGCCGACACGUCAAGCAGCGACGGCCGACGCUGAAUUUGUGUUGCCUAUGGGCAGCUUUAUGCUCUUAUGGCGCACGUAAGGAAACAGUUGAUGGUGUAUCCAGUGAGCUGCAAGGCACGCGAGGAGUCAUCCAGUACUAGCCUCGGGCUAGUACGUAAGAGGUAGGCGAGAGGGAGAGAGAGAUGGCGUGGUAGCAAAGGGUUUAGGCAGCAGGCCUGGUCGCUCCUGCUUUGCACCAAAAUUGAAUCCAAGCUCAUUUGAUUUUGUCUUUUGUCCUUCGUCCUUCGGUAUCGCAUUCGACGGAUGUGCCGUCUCGUGCUAUAAUUUUCUUCCUUUGACUACGUGACAUGUUGCGUCGAGUGGAGCACCUCCUUUACCUCGCCUAGAUUGACCUUGCCGCUUUGAGGCACGGGUAAAGGGCUUUUCGCGUGUCCGGACAUGAACAUUGAAGCCAUUGCACUAAUUUUUGAAGCGCUCUGCGGAGUUCUCGCCGGCAAAUUCAAAAUGUGUUGCGUAGCUCCAGCGUCCCGCCUUUAUCAAGGCCAAGUGUGCAUGGCCGUAAGCAAGUGGCGUACGACAGAACACAGUACACCUCGCCUCGCCUGGACGAUUGCCAACCGUAAAAUUCCCUAAUAAAACACGUUUGCCACUU